GGUAAUGAUAAUCACAGUUUAUCCAAAAAAAAACAAAAAACAGAACCAUGUGAACUCUGUCCCACGCUUCAAGACCACAAGUUUCAAUGACUUUUCAGAGCGGUUUCUACUCCUUCAUUGAUAUUUCUAUAUAUACACAUAUAGCCUCAUUCUUUCAAUCAUCAACCAACACCAAGCAAUCCAUUAACUUGAAUCUUUCAUACAUCUUUUCAGAAGCUUUAAAAAUAAUUCAAACUUUCAGACAAAAGAAAUGGCUUUGGUGAGAAGUCUAUUGGUUGCAAAGAAGAUUCUUAGCCGCUCCGCCGCAGCAGUCUCGGCGCCACCAAAAGGGUUUCUUGCAGUGUACGUAGGAGAGAGCCAGAAGAAGAGAUAUUUAGUGCCACUCUCAUACUUGAACCAGCCUUCUUUUCAAGCUCUGCUCAGUAAAUCCGAAGAAGAGUUUGGGUUCGAUCAUCCGAUGGGUGGCUUAACGAUCCCUUGUCCCGAAGAUACUUUCAUCAAUGUGACUUCUCGGCUCCAUUGAUGAUUAUCCAACAUAGUGUUUUUUCGAGUUAGAGAUAGAGUUGUUUCCUUGUAAAUAGAGGAAUUUUUUGUUCCUUUUUUUUUUUUUUUUUUCUCUUUCAUCUUGAAAAAGUUCUUCUAAAUUUUUUGGAAGUGGAUGUAGAUGCAGUUUUUGUGCUAUAUACACAAUCAUAAUUCAUGUUAACACAUUUUGGAUCGAUUAUGGAAAAAGAAUGGAUAUCACCAACUGAAGAACUCUUUUCUUAUAUUAUAAUUGUUGUUAAAUAAAACCAAGUGAGAUUACGGAAA